GACCCACCUCCUCAACUAAACCUUUAUGCUUCAACCUUUCCAACAAACGGAAACGCGCCUGCGGAAAACGAGCCGCACAAAGGCAGUUCCUUUUCCCCGAAGAGCUCAAGCUCACGUGGACAACGUACCGGCCUGCCACGCCAGUCAUCGAGCUCCCCUUGCAGAACGGCAUAAAACCACGGAACUCACGAGAGAGAGAAAAGCAUUUCCCAAUGAACAGUUGGGGUGCAAAUUCCCUGAUAAUCCCUCUAUUCCCCCUUCCACCGUCUUUUUAUCCCACGAGAUAUCUUUUAUCCUCAGUCCCUGGAGGGCCUCUCACCCGAUCUUCCUUCCUUCUAUCCCUUCAUCUUCCCCCCUGCACCCCAAGAAAUGGCCAGCUACCGCUACCGAUACGUAAUGCUCUUAUUCCUGCUAUUCCUCGCUAUCCCUGCUACCGUUGGGAAACGGAGCGACGCGAAAAUCUUACUCCAAACCAGGACUCGCCUAUCCGACCCAGCCGGCCGGCUCCGCGACUGGACCGCCUCCACCUCGCCCUGCAACUGGACCGGCGUCGCAUGCGACCCACGCUCCGGGGCGGUCGCUUCCGUCGACCUCUCCUUCUUCGACCUCGCCGGCGGGUUCCCUUCCGGGUUUUGCCGGAUCCCCACUCUCCGGCACCUCUCCCUCUCCUGGAACGAUCUCGGCGGCGGCCUCCCCGCGGCAGAAUUCGCCCUCUGCUCGGGCCUCGAAGUUCUUAAUCUAACAUACAAUUUCUUCGUCGGCGGCCUCCCCGAGUUCUCCGGCGAGUUCCCCCGCCUCCGUCUCCUCGACCUCUCCGGCAAUAACUUCUCCGGCAGUAUCCCGCCCAGCUUCGGGCGGUUUCCGGCGCUCCGGUUGCUGAGCCUUUACGGCAACCUGAUCUCCGGCCGGAUCCCCACCUUCUUGGCCAAUCUCACCGAGCUAACCGAGUUCAAGUUGGGCUACAAUCCCUUCCGCCCCGGAGCACUGCCGCCGGAUAUCGGAAACCUAACGAAGCUCGAGGUUCUCUGGCUCUCGUUAGCGAACCUCGCCGGAGAGAUCCCCGACUCGAUCGGCAACCUCGCCAAUCUCAGGACUCUUGACGUCUCAAACAAUGGGCUCGCCGGACGGAUACCAGUGAGCAUCGGACGGUUGAGGAGCGUCGAGAAGAUCGAACUGUGGCGGAACCAGCUGUCCGGCGAGCUGCCGGAGAGUUUGGGUAACCUGACCUCUCUGCUCGAGUUCGAUGCCUCGCAGAACAAUCUCACCGGUAAAUUGCCGGAGGGUCUCGCCGGUCUCCAUCUGACGUCGCUGGCGCUCAACGAUAACCGGAUGGAGGGCGAGAUUCCGGCGGUUCUUGCACAGAACCCCAGUCUCGUCGAGCUGAAGCUCUUCAACAACAGAUACUCCGGUGAGCUCCCGCCCGAACUAGGCCGGUAUUCCAAUCUGCAGCACUUUGAUGUGUCCGGGAACCAAUUAGCCGGAAAGCUGCCGCCAGAUUUGUGCAGUAGGGGAAUGCUGGAAACUCUCGUGGCCUUCGGUAAUCGGCUUUCCGGCGAGCUGCCGGAGAGCUAUGGCGAUUGCCGGACCCUCGACUACGUUCGGAUCCAAAACAACGAGCUCUCUGGCAAGGUUCCGGAUCUCUUUUGGAGCCUCCCUAAAAUAUAUCACCUCGAGCUUCGCGGGAACAAGCUCGAAGGAUCUCUGCCUCGAAACAUUUCCUGCGCCAAGAAUCUGACGCAGAUUAUAAUCUCCGGCAACAAAUUCUCCGGCCAGAUUCCGCAGGAGAUUUGCGCCCUCAUGGAGCUCCGGACCAUCAACGCGGGCAAUAAUCAAUUCUCCGGCGAUCUCCCUCUCUGCAUUGCCGAUCUCACCAAGCUCGAGGUGCUCGAUCUGCAGCAAAACAAUCUCUCCGGAGAGAUCCCGGCCGGCGGGUGGACGGAGCUGGCGGAUAUCAAUCUAUCCAUGAACCGAUUCUCCGGCGAGAUCCCAAGAUCUCUGGGGGAUCUCCCCGUCCUCACCUACCUCGAUCUCUCCGGCAACCAACUCUCAGGCGAGAUACCGCCGGAGCUGACCAACCUCAAGCUCAACCACCUCAAUCUCUCCGGCAACGACCUCUCCGGAAAAAUCCCCGACGGAUUCGACACCUCCUUCUUCCCUCCGAGCCUCGCCGGAAACCCCAACCUCUGCAGCUCGUCCGGCCUUAAACCCUUUCGUAAGUGCCCGCCGUCAAAACAGAAGGCCCUAAGGCGAGCUGCCGUCGCCGUCCUCCUAACUGCCGCCGUUGUCUUCCCCGCGACCGCGGUACUCCUCGCUACGGUCUGCUACCGGUUCAUUAGAACCGGGAAGAAGAAUCCCGGUCGGCUGUGGAAGCUGACGUCUUUCGCCCGGGUCGGGUUCGACGAGUCGGAGAUCUUCGAGUGCCUGACGGAGGAGAACUUGAUCGGGAGCGGUGGGUCGGGACGGGUCUACAAGGUGAGCCUGAAAUCCGGCCAGACCGUGGCGGUCAAAAGGCUCUGGACCGGACCGGAUGGGCCGAAUUCGGACCAGGAGUUCCGGGCCGAGGUGGAGACGCUGGGGAGGGUGCGGCACGCGAACAUCGUGAAGCUCUUGUUCUGCUGCUCCGCGGAGGAGUGCAGGGUGUUGGUGUUCGAGUACAUGGAGAACGGGAACCUCGCGGAGACGCUUCACGGGAACAAGAGAGAUCAACCGUUGGAUUGGGAACGGAGGGCGAAGAUCGCGCUGGGAGCGGCGAGGGGGUUGGCGUACUUGCACCACGACUGCGUGCCGGCGGUCAUACACCGGGACGUGAAGCCGAGUAAUAUACUGUUGGACGCGGAGUUCGAGGCGCACGUGGGUGAUUUCGGGCUAGCACGUGCGCUGGGGCGGGAGACGGAGGGCCACUGCGUGAUGUCCAACGUGGCCGGAUCAUGCGGCUACAUUGCUCCAGAAUAUGCAUACACUUUAAAGAUAAAUGAGAAAAGCGAUGUAUAUAGCUUUGGGGUAGUUUUGCUCGAGCUGGUUACUGGAAAAAGAGCGCUCGAUCCCUCCUUUGAAGAGCAAAAAGACAUCGUCCAGUGGGUGAUUGAUGCCAUGUCUCCAAAACGAGCUAUUGAAGUCAGUGAUAUGGACUAUGAGUUUCUGAUAGACCCUAGAUUACGGCCAUUCACUUCCUCUGAUUACAAAGAAAUGGUUCGGGUCUUGAACGUGGCACUUUCGUGCACUUCAGCCUUUCCCAUGAACCGUCCCUCCAUGAGAAGGGUUGUGGAAUUGCUCGGUGAUCGCAGGGAUAUGAAUUCGGUGGUGCAAGUUUAAUAACAAUAGGCAUAUGAGUACGGAUCUUACCGUCUUCUACUUCUUUCAGUAGCUCUUCCUGCUUUCAGUUCUUUGGCUUUUCCUUUAGUUUUCAUCACGCUUUGUUCUUUCCUGCUUCAAGUUCUUAUCCGCAUGCACGAAAACAGUUCUCUUUUUGAUGUACCAGAGUGAAAAUUGUUGCUCAUCAGAUGUGGUUCCAGUUGAGCAUAAUGAAGAACCAUGAAAAGACUUCGUUGGUCAUGUUGCAGGAUAAUAUAAUUUCUUGAAAAAGUGCAGGAUUUGAAGCAUGAUGUUUGGA